GCCAAUCGCAGCGCAGCCGAGACAAUCGCAAAAUCGAUAGAGGCGAAGGAUCUUCAAAAGCAAGCUCAUGACCCGAAGCUGAAAGACCACGUGUGGCUGUGGGCUUAUACUGGCAUGAGGGAGCGAGGCAAGGUCCUGGGGCAGAUGGUCGGGCAGUAUGCGCUCACCUCGCUUCUCGUGCGGCUUCUCACCACCGCACGGUCGCCCCAUCGCGCUCCAGAUGAUCUGCUGGAAGUUUUUUCUGCGGUGAUUCAUGAGACGAUGCGUCAUGAGCAGCUCUCCUUCAAGAAGCUGCAAGAUGUGGGCUUUCUCAAAAGCGGCUUUCACAUCAAGCGGCCCCUUCGGCUGCUGGAUGCCGAGCAUCCGGCCUGCAUUCAUCUGGCCGUGGCUGGGGCAGAGCUCGGACGCAUCUUGAGCAUGUGGCCAGAGAUGAAGAAGGCUGUCGAUGCCUGGUGGGGCGCAUUCGUUGCCUGCCUCGUGGACGACAAGACCCAGCUACCGGCUUGGAUGCACGGUGUGGCCUUCGCUUCAGGCUUUUGGUGCAACUUCUGCGUGGAGGAGGCUGCGAUCAAGAUCGAGCAGCUGGAAAGGCCGGUCCCAAGAUGGAGCGCCUUGGACUUCGGCAACCUCCUGAAGCAGAUCAAAGCCGUGGCACCUCUCAGCUCCGCAGUCGCUGCUGGGCAGGUGUCUGCGGAGCAGCGCCAAAGGCUGGAACGGAGCAGGCAGGCGGCACUUGAGAAGAAACGCCAGCGCCAGGGCGAGACAUCGGCGGAAAUUCCUGGCGACGCCAACGCGCAGCCGAUGGGCGAAGCGGCUGCAACCGAACCACCGCCGCCCACUUCCGAGGCUCCAACGGCAGAGCCUGCAGCUAAUGAGCCACCUGGGCCACGCGCAGUGACCAUUCAGGAGGUGGAUGAGGAGCUGAAGCUGGGUGUACUGGAAGCACCGUUGCAAGGGAAGAUCGUGUACCGGUCCGACCACAAGACCGGGACGAGCUUUCAUGUGCGCUUGGGCGACGCCACCGGCCAAGUCGACGUCAAGUUCUUCCAGGGCGGCUUCAAAGAGCAUCCAGGCCUCCACCCGGGAGCAGUCGUCCGCCUCAGUGGAUUCAAGGUCUGCGAGCUGAAGGGAAAGAGCCUGGAUUUCGCUCCACCCGGCCGAAGGUUCUACCUAAAUUGCGCCGACCCGGAUGCCGUCAACAUCCAGAUACUGCAGGCUCCCUCUGAAGCCGCAAGGACGCAGAACCUUCCAUUGCCCUUGCUGGAGGCCGUGGAAAAGCCAGACAGAACCUACGUCAACAUCUCCGAGGCCUUCGUUGCAGACGUUGGCGACGUGGAGACGAAAGACACCAAGGACGGCAAGCUGGCCCUACGUGUAAUUUGCCUCACGCAGCAGAGGCAGGGCGGCAAGCAGAUUCGCUGGUCCCUGUGGUGCGAGACGGCAAUGAACUAUGGGCACAAGCAGCUUGCUGGCCAACGCAUCGCCAUCCGGGGCGCCCAGACGAAACGCUUCGGCCAGGAAAGGCAGCUCGCCGGCUGCUUCCGUGAGGGUGGCAUUCAGCUCUUGCCCGAUGUGUUGCAGAAUGCCGGUGGGUA